AUGUCUGAUCCUGUUGAUAACAUUACUCUCAAGUUGGGUGAUCUCGCUACAGACAAACCCACUGCUAAUUCAGGACCUGUACCAGUUGCUUCAGCACCAGAGAAAAAAGCAGAUGCAUCCGGGCCUCAUGACUCAGAACAAAACAACUUGAUCAACAGUACACAUGUUGUCCAAGUCAAACUUGCUGAUCAACAAGCUGAUCCUAAUUCACCUCUUUAUUCUGUUAAAUCAUUUGAGCAAUUAGGUUUGAGUCCUGAGCUUUUAAAAGGUUUAUACGCCAUGAAAUUUUCUAAGCCUAGUAAGAUUCAAGAACGCGCUUUGCCUUUACUUAUUGGUAACCCUCCCAAGAACAUGAUUGGUCAAUCUCAGAGUGGUACUGGUAAAACAGCUGCCUUUGUGCUUACUAUGCUUACCCGAGUAAACCAAGGCAUGAAUGUGCCACAAGCUAUUUGUCUCGCACCUUCUCGUGAACUUGCUCGUCAAAUUAUGGAUGUCGUUGAAGCCAUGAGUAAAUUCACUAAUAUUACAACAAAGUUGGUUGUCAAAGAUUCACUUAGAAGAAACGAAAGCGUUCAAGCACAAGUCAUUGUAGGCACGCCUGGUUCUGUAGGUGAUGUGAUCAAGCGUCGAUUAUUGCCUGUGAAUGCCAUCAAGAUUUUUGUGUUGGACGAAGCAGAUAACAUGUUGGAUCAGGAUGGUUUAGGUGACCAGAGUAUUCGUAUCAAGACUCAAAUCAAGAGCAACCCACAAAUUGUCUUGUUCUCUGCUACUUUCCCUGAGCAUGUUCGUCGAUUUGCUGCUCGUUUCGCACCCGAAGCAAAUGAGAUCUCAUUAAAGCGAGAAGAUUUGAGUGUGGAUGCUAUCAAGCAACUCUAUAUGGACUGUGAUAGUGAAGAACACAAAUACGAAACACUCUGCAAUAUUUAUGACAUGCUUACUGUUAGUCAAAGUAUUAUUUUCUGUAAGCGACGUGAUUCUGCUGAUGAAAUUGCCAGACGCAUGAAGAGCCAAGGCCACUCUGUUGUCUCUCUUCACGGUAAAAUGUUGCCUGAAGAACGUGAUAAGGUAAUGGACGAUUUCCGUCGAGGUGAAUUCAAGGUUUUAAUCACAACAAACGUACUUGCCCGUGGUAUUGAUAUUUCUCAAGUCUCUCUUGUUAUCAACUAUGAUCUUCCUUUAGAUCAACGCGGCCAAGUUGAUUUUGAAGCUUAUCUUCAUAGAAUUGGUCGUACUGGUCGUUUUGGCCGUACUGGUGUCAGUAUUAUUCUGGUCGACAGCAAAGAAACUUGGGAGCAAAUGUCCGAGAUUGAAUCACACUUUAAGAGAGAAAUUACACAUGUUCCCACACAAGACUGGGAAGAAGUUGAAAAACAAUUGAAAGAGCUUAUUUAA